GUGUCUGCGGCUCUCACCCUCCAAGGGGACUGGGGUGUGGGGGCAGUGUCAGGGGUAUGGACGCUUCCCCCCAGGGGUCUUUGCUGCCGGCUGCUCUCCUCUCCACACACUUCCCUGCAGGAGCCGUGACACCACAGAGAGGCGGCGCAGACCCCAGAGUGCGCGGAGGCGGUGACACCAACCCUGACCGUGACCGCAGCCCCCGCCUCCGCCAUGGCGCAGGAGAAUGCCGCCUUCUCCCACGGCCCUGAGGAGCCGCCCCGUCGCCGCGGCCGCCAGCGUUACGUGGAGAAGGACGGCCGGUGCAACGUGCAACAGGGCAACGUGCGCGAGACGUACCGUUACCUGACCGACCUGUUCACCACUCUGGUAGACCUGCAGUGGCGCCUCAGCCUGCUCUUCUUCGUGUUGGCCUACGCGCUCACCUGGCUUUUCUUCGGCGCCAUCUGGUGGCUCAUCGCCUACGGCCGUGGCGACCUGGAGCACCUGGAGGAUACGGCCUGGACGCCCUGCGUCAACAACCUCAACGGCUUCGUGGCCGCCUUCCUCUUCUCCAUCGAGACGGAGACCACCAUCGGCUACGGGCACCGCGUCAUCACCGACCAGUGCCCCGAGGGCAUCGUGCUGCUGCUGCUGCAGGCCAUCCUGGGCUCUAUGGUGAACGCCUUCAUGGUGGGCUGCAUGUUCGUCAAGAUCUCGCAGCCCAACAAGCGUGCUGCCACGCUCGUCUUCUCCUCGCACGCCGUGGUGUCGCUGCGCGACGGCCGCCUCUGCCUCAUGUUCCGCGUGGGUGACCUCCGCUCCUCGCACAUCGUCGAGGCCUCCAUCCGCGCCAAGCUCAUCCGCUCGCGCCAGACGCUAGAGGGCGAGUUCAUCCCGCUGCACCAGACCGACCUCAGCGUGGGCUUUGACACAGGAGACGACCGCCUCUUCCUCGUCUCGCCGCUGGUCAUCAGCCACGAGAUCGACGCCGCCAGCCCCUUCUGGGAGGCAUCGCGCCGUGCCCUCGAGAGAGACGACUUCGAGAUUGUGGUCAUCCUUGAGGGCAUGGUGGAAGCCACGGGGAUGACAUGCCAAGCUCGGAGCUCCUACCUGGUGGACGAGGUGCUGUGGGGCCACCGCUUCACAUCAGUGCUGACCCUGGAGGAUGGCUUCUACGAGGUGGACUAUGCCAGCUUCCACCAGACUUUUGAGGUGCCCACACCCUCAUGCAGCGCCCGGGAGCUGGCUGAGGCAGCAGCUCGCCUUGAUGCUCAUCUCUACUGGUCUAUUCCCAGCCAGCUGGAUGAGAAGGUGGAGGAGGAGGGGGCAGGGGAAGGGGCAGGGGGAGAGGCUGGGGCUGACAAGGAGCAGAAUGGCUGCCUGCCACCCCCAGAGAGUGAGUCUAAGGUGUGAUCAGUUUCUUCCAGACCCCUCUGGCAGGACCAGACACAGGUAUCUAGGGAGCUGGAUAUUGGAGGUGGAGAAGGAGGCAGUGAGAUCCCUGAGAAUGGAGAGUCCCCUCAGAAUCUCAAGUCCAGGAUCCAAUGUGGAAGGGAGGGAUCCUGAUUUCAGACGAACAGAGGGUGGGGAUAAGUGAACUUACCAGCCUGUCUGUGUUUGACCUUCACAUCUGUUCAUGGGUGGAUGGAUGGACAGAAGAGUGAACUUAUGUAGAUUGGAUGGGUAGAUGGAAGCAGAUAAAAGAGAGAGCUGGUAGAUAGGUAAGUAGACCGACAGGUAGGUGGUGCACUCAGGACUGCUGCUAACCCACAGAGCAUCUUUGUGCAAAUUUUACAAAGGCACCCUUUUUCCCCAGACUGACACCAGCCCAAACCAGGGUGAGUGGCUUGGGGAACAGAGUGUGGGCUGGAUUUUAGUCCCCACUCACUUCCUCAGCCAGCCUCCCUGUGUGUGGCACACCUGUCUCACCAGAUACAGUAACCCCACCUGACCCAGAGGAGAGCUGGAUGGAGGUGGGCAGAGAUGAGGAGGUGCCCUUCCAGCUCUACCCCCACCAUUAUGACAGGCUGGGCAGGCAGAUGAAAGGCUGUAGGGAUAGCUCAGGAGGGUGUAAGUGACCUUGUCUACUGCAUAGGGAAACAGGAAGUGGGGAGCUUCCAGAGCUGGGACUCUGGGAAAGGAGACCUCUUUUCUGACAGUGUAGUGAGACUUCUUAAGUACCUCUGCAGAUGUAGGAGGGGAGAGGUUCUGAGGAGGAAGAGGGCCAGGGAGAAAUGGAGACGUGAUGUCACUACAGUUGGGACACAGGGGCCCUUGGGAAAGCAGAAUUAGACUUGGGGCACAGUGAGAGGAAGUCAUUCAUAUUGUUCAAUUAGUAUCCAUUGGGUACAGAACACUCAACCAGGCACAUGGGGGACAGACAGUCAGAGACCCAUUUCCUAUUUCAAAAUAUAGUGUACAUGGGCAAAACAGAGAAAUGUGCCUAUGGCAACUGUUUCAAACUGAGAACCUGAGUAGGGGUAGAAAGGUUUGGUAAUCAGAAGCUAGGGAUUGAGCAAGGCACAGAGAAUGAGCUAAACCAGCAGCUGUAACACUUGAGAGUGCAUCAGAGUCACCAGGAGGGCUUAUAGAAAUAGACACUUGCUUCACUUCCAGAGUUUCUGCCUCAAUAGGUCUGAGGUGGAGAGCAAACAUUUGCAUUUCUAAUGGGCCCCAGGUCAUGCUGACACUGCUGGAAUAGGGGAUCCCAGGUUGAAAACCACUGCUGUAGUGGAACACUGGGAGGUCACAUCAGGGGGCGGAGCAUACAAGCCGAGGAGUAGCUGAGAAGCUGAAAAGUCUUGGGGUGGAGACUGAAAUAUAAAGGGUAGAGUCUUGUGCAUGGGGAAAGGGGACCCUGAAAUCCAGGCUGAUGAGUUUAACUCUAGGCCCAGGAACUCAACCAUCAGUGGAAAUAAGGCAGUGACAACUAAAGAUAGUGUUUGGGGAAAGAUAAGUUCAGACAGAGGGAGGCGGCCAGGAGGCCUUGAGGGGAUUCCAGGGGAAGUGAUAGGGAGCUGCAGCAGGAAAUGGCAAAGGAAAGAAUCCCAAGUAAAUUCUUGGUUUCACAGUGGCAUCCUUGCCGCAAGCAUUUUUGCCACAUAACUAAUUGGCUAUAAGGCAAUUUUGUCAUUAAAAGGAAGGACAUUUUUUAAAAGACUUUAUUUAUUUAUUUUUACAGAGGGGAAGGGAGGGAGAAACAGAGGGAGAUAAACAUCAAUGCAUUGUUGCGUCUUACGCACCCCCUGCUGGGGACCUGGCCUGCAACCUAGGCCUGUGCCCUGACUGGGAAUUGAACUGGUGACCCUUUGGUUCACAGGCCAGUGCUCAGUCCACUGAGCCACACCAGAUAGAGCAAAAAGGAAGGACGUUUAAAAGGACAUAAAAAUUAAAGACUUUUAUUGUGAUAUGCAAAGCAUUCAAAUACAUUUGAAAAGUGUGUAGACUCAUGGCAAUACUGCACAAGUCACUUAUUUUACUUUAAGGUUGUGCCUAAGAACUAAGUACUAAGUCUUAGUUCUGUGGGAAAUGUGGGUUUAACUCUGCACCUCCAAAGAGAGACCUCAGCUUCUAUUUCUCCCCUCAAUGUAAUGUAUUUCACAACCAACUCUUGAGGCAAAUCUUCAUCAUUUGGAAGAAAUGCUAACUAUUUUAAGACCUGCAUCACAUCUACUUGUCACUGUAUAGACCAUUAUGAAAAUUAAGGUUUACAUAUAAUAUAAAAAUGGGAGU